AAAGGAUUUACGAUUGAGUCUCUGAACCGACGGCGCGAAAAGAAAAUGUCUGAAAAAAAUAAGAUCGGACAAACGCGUGCUUAUUCCGCGCCACAGUUAAAUAGUAAUAUAUUAAUAAAAAAUUACGUAUUACAAAAGUAUCUUUUCCGGAGGGACAGCGAGAGUUUGCUAAUCUUUUUUAUCUAAAGCUGGUCGAAUUUCAUAUCAAAAUAUAAUUUCCUUGAAAACAACAAUAUUCCUUGUGCUUUUGUAUCAAUUCGAAAAUAGGUAUGUACAAUAUAGAUUGUGAUGUUAGUCUUGGCUAUGCAUUUUUCAUUGGUUUUUUUUCUCCUAUUCUCGCUACGCCGGAAACGUCGCGAAAUCCGACUAAUGUCCAUUUCUACCAAUGUAGAGCUUUAAUCUCGGUUUCACUUGCUUGUAUUUCUUUCUAAUUUCCAGAACUGGAAAAAGAGAAAAGUUAACCCGAGGUUAAUCUGCACCGAUAGAGACGGACAUAAAUAACUUCGAAUGAGUUUCAGCGAACAAAAUUGGAUUAAAUUACUGCUGUAGUAUUUCUACUAUUUUGUUAAUACUUUAAUUAUAUCUAAUGACUUAUUUUUACAGAAUUGUCAAUUCUUUUGUUGUUUAACAUGAGAAAAAUUACAUUAAUUAACGUCGAGCGCUUUUUCCGAAAUUAAAUAAACUCUGAUACCUGAGCUAAAGACGAAGAGACAUUAGUGUAAAAAAUUACGUAUUACAAAAGUAUCUUUUCCGGAGGGACAGCGAGAGUUUGCUAAUCUUUUUUAUCUAAAGCUGGUCGAAUUUCAUAUCAAAAUAUAAUUCCCUUGAAAACAACAAUGUUCCUUGUGCUUUUGUAUCAAUUCGAAAAUAUGUGCAAUAUAAUUCCGGUCUCUCGCAAUUAUCUAUAUUUUUAGAGAGAAUAAUAUCACACACAAAGCUUUUUGAAAAGCUAUGCGUUUUGCUGUUGCAUAAGCAUUUUUCAUUGAUAUUGCAAAUGUAUAAAUAUGUUAUAUAUUCAUAUAUCAUUAUUCUCUGUCAAAUUUACGACAAACUCGAUUGAGUGCAUUAAUGUACAUUAAUGUGCAGUAAAAGCUGCAAUGAUAAAAUACUGAUUGACUGUAUUUAAAAGAUAUGUAUAAUGCAUCGAGUACUCCGAACGUACCGUAACAUUUUCUAUUUCUAAAUGCUAUUUCACUAUUUAUUUAAACCGCAAUUAUAACCAUAGAGUCUGACAACGAGACAAGUGAAUCUAACGUGCCCUUUUCUCGACGCCAUUUUACUUUAUAUCGCGGUUAUAUGUGAUCUCUAGAGCCUGGGACCAAUUUGCAGUCGUUACUCGAGAAAAAUUUCUCGAAGGGAAAAUGACUCAAGUUCCGAAGUUAGAAUCGACGAUCUGGGGAACGUUUCGCGGGCAAUGAGGCCCGAAAGGUGCAAACAAGUACGAGCAAUUUCGAGCAGACGUGACGCGAGGGAAAAAGGGUCGGUCAAUAAAAUGCCAAAAACAGCGCGUUGCGUGCACCCGUUUACGGCGGUCCCCGCGUCAAUGGGGACCCGGCGUGUAUUUUUCGCCGAAAGACCGAUAACGUUACGCUACGACGAGACGAAUGCGUGGACGCGCGGUUCGACGUGGCGGUGUUCUCGGAUUACAUCGCGACGGUGAUUAUCGCUGUGGGAACGCCCGAGCUUGGGUAUCGAGGCAAAAUUCGAACCACUGCGAAGAGGACGCCCGCGACUAACAAUGGUAUCGCGUGAUUACGCGUGCAUUCCGCAGCUGCGUGCACUUACAUGCAAGACGGGGAGAACAGGGGUGGAGGGGGAUGAUUACGCAAGACUACAUAUGCCGGCCUGUCGCCCGAUCGCCCGUGAUAAUCGCGGGCGAGGUUUAUUCGCGACGAUCUCGACGCGAGGUGCAAAUUGGCGCGCGAUGGCGGGUGCAACGGGACGAGUUCUUCUCCUGAUGGCAAUCUUGCCUCUCGCGACGCAAGAGGAAGUCGCGGAGGGUGCGUGCAGUUGCGCGGUGUUCCCGGUCCCGGGGACGAAGUCGAUAAUAGAGCACACGUUGCAGUACAAUGUGAGCUGCGAUCAAGAAGGCGCUGAAAAUUGUCGACAAUUAUGCAUCGCCUUGGCCGAGAGUGUCCGAGACAAGGCACCGAUGCUGAUUUGCGAGAAGCUGAAUGUCCACGUCGACAAUUUGAAGGUGGCCGUGUAUGUGAAAUCGUGUAAUAUGGCUCUUUGGACACUCGCUGGUUUGCAGAGCACCGAACCCAUUUGCUGUCACGAAGGGAAGGCAGUUAUUUGUGACGGGGCGAUGUCGGUAAUAGAGAAUUAACGAGCUCGCAUCCAAUUCAUUAUUUCCCGCUUAUUUCCUCCACCAACGGAUAUCUUACCAUUGAUUACGUAAUAACGUGCAGUGUAAUUAAUCAUAUCACCUGCUUGUUACGUUAACACGUUACACGCGUAUAAUUUCUAGCUUGAUAUUCGCAAUUAGUAAUUUUCUGCGGAUUUAUAAUAUUAUCGUAAGAG